AUGUUUAUAAAUUCAACUGGAAACUUCUAUUUCAAAUGAAACCUACAGUAUGAAAUCCAUAAUAAUCUUUUGUACUUUCGCUUUUUACAAGAUUUCUCAUGCCAGAGAGCACUGUAUUCCUACCUAUCAUUAUUGGCAACCCUUCUAUGAAACAAUACCACCUAAAACUUUCAUUGCAGGAGUUGAUACCAAUGGUGAAAAGAAAUAUGUAGGUAGGGUAGUCUCUGUAGAUGAUCGCACUUGGUCAGCCCCAACCACAUUCUCUGCCACUAAUAUGUGGGCUUAUUUUGGAUGGCAAGGAGAAACCAAUAACAGAGUCACGAAAUAUAUUGAACUUUUAAUGGUUGAAAAGCAUAGACCUGGCUUCGACUGGUUACGUGUAAAUUCGAAAAAGGAUUUGUAUAACUUGGAGGAUAACUGCUGCUUUGUUGAGGGUGGAUACGGUUAUAAAGAUGGGAAAAAAUAUGUAGCUUAUGUCGCUAGAACCUUCGAUUCAGGAGUUUACUACAUAGGAGGUUUAUAUAUGCCACUUUGGGAUAAUAAAGUAGUUAUGCAUUAUAUGCAAGGAUGGGAAACCAAGUACAUAGAACAAAAUUAUGCAGUCCUUGCUUAUGAUUGUUGCACACAUAACUACUGUAAUUCUCACGAUAAUCAAAAAUUUCCAUGUUGUAGAAAAUCUAAAAACAAAAGGGAUGCUCUUGAUUAUAUUAAUUCUUCUGGAAUUAAUAGUUCUCUUGAUAUGUCUACUUUCACUUUGUUAUUACCAUAAAUGCAUUAAUUUUACAAUUUUAUAAAAUAAGAAGUUUUAUGAUAGAGAAAGAAAUGAUUUCAAUAAAGUGGAUUUUUGAUCGAAGGCAUA